GCUUAACAGGUAACAUGAAGUAUUUAAAUCAGGAUAAAUUGUACGGUUAGCUAAUCGAUUCAUCUCUGACUGCCUUCUGGAAUUCACAGAAUCUACUUUCGUUUUCAGGAUUGAAAUGAACUUCUUUGGUUUUAAGGAUUAAAACAGCAAGGAAAGUUGAGAUGGGUUGUGGUGGUAGUACUGAUCAGGAUAAGCAGAAUGAGUUUGAUAAUAUCCAACCAAAACCAAAAGCACCUCCAGAAGAGGAAGACGGUAGUGACUUUUUAUAUGAGUAUGAAAACGAUUCAGAUGAGAUACAACUUGAACCAAUAGAGGACGGUUAUCCUGAACCAAAAGCCAAUGAUGAUAGCCAUGAAAUAUUUCAAAUGCUGUUUGCAAGGAAAGGUUCAAAUCAGGAAACAGACGAAAACGGCAAUGAAAUAACUAACCAGGAACAGAUAGACAAUCAUGCAAGAAAUGCUCCAGCUGAUGUGAUCUCCACUUUCGAGGAUCUAAUAGAAUAUUUGGAGAAACCUUUCAAGAAUCACCCAGAAAGAGAUGCAUUCCUGGUUAGAGCAAUUCUAGUUUGGUUAAGCAACCAGAAUAUUGAACAAAUGUCUAAGUCACCAGGCAAUUCUACAUCACCAACUGGAUACUUAACAUUGUUGGGUCAAAAGAAAACUAGUUAUUCUACAUUUUUUACAGCUCUGUGCAGAAAAGGUGGGAUACUAUGUGCACAAAUACGUGGAAUCUGUAAAGCUGGCGAUUAUCAACCAGGAGAUAGAGAUGAAAGAGGCAGUCUGUGGAACGCUGUUUAUCUCCAUGACAACUGGCACAUUGUACAUCCGUUCUGGGCAUGUCGCUCAGUAUUUGGAAAGGUAUCUGGGGGUUGGAUACAGCUGGAAGCAGGAGGGCAAACUAUCGCUAAACGGACAGAGGAAUCUGCAGGCACGAUUCAGAAUUCAUUUGAUGAAAAUUACAUUCUGCCUAAACCAAAAGAAUUUCUUUAUGACUGCCAUCCUAAUGAUAGUAAAUGGCAGCUAGUCAAACCCCAAAUAAGCAGAAAUGAAUUCUUUGACAGAGCCUAUCUUUUCCCUCCAUUCUGGAGAUUUGGUAUGGAGAUGAUCAGUGAAAACAGAUGCUCACUAACGUCCAAGAAUGGCGAAGCUAAAAUUUCAUUUAAAGCGCCUUUAAAAAUUGGAAAUGAACUUGAUGUAUGGUAUGAGUUGCUCUUGAAAGAAAACACCUCAGGUGCUGAAACAGAUCUUCUCAAUCCAGAAAAUAUUCCCAAACUUGUGAGAAUGAUACGGAACACUCCAGAAUGGAAUUGCACUAUUCAAUUUCCUGCAAAGGGAAUAUACAAAAUAGUAUUUAGUGGUGGUUGGCACAACCAAGGUCUCACCAGAUUGGGAGAAUUUCAAUUAGUUUGUAAUGAGAAAAUACAAGACUGUAAACCUUUACCUUUUGACCCUGGACGUCCUGGCAUAGGCUUUGGACCUGUUACGGAAGAAGCUGGAUUUAUUUUACCUUCUCAUAGAAAUGGCCAGAUUCACGUAGAUAAAACAAAAUCCACCCGUAUCAGAUUUUUCAUAGACAGCAUUGUAGCAAGGACUUUGGUAGUAAAAACAGAAUUAUUAACCUAUUCUUCAAUAAAUGACGAAAAUUUACAGAAAGAAUUGAAUGAAAAAGUUACAUGUAAGAUUGAAUCAAGUGGAAAAGAAAAUAAUAUGCAAACAUCUGCAAGAGAACUUAAAAUAGUCGCAAAUCCACAUACAAAAGAAAAUUGCUACCUCCGAAUUUAUACUGGACAUCGUUCAAAACAUCAAGAUGAUUCAAUCGAACCGGAAAUGUCUGUUGUGUGUAACUAUUUCCUGACCUCUUCAAAGUUACCAACAUAUGAGACUGGAAGUAAGCGAUUUGCCCGACGUAAUCUACUGACUGCUAUGGAAGGAGAUGACAUGGAGCAAAUCAACAAAUGUUUGUUACAAUGUGAGAGGACACAGAUCGGCGAGGACGAUGCUGACAUGGAAUAUGCCCGUCAGAAAAUUGAGGUUCUAACUCUCAGGAAAGCAAUUCAUGAUGCAAGAUUGAGGAAAAAUUUAGGGAAUGUAGAAUCGACACUCAAAAUGAUAAAAAGUUCGAAAUUUAUGAAUAUUUUCCUACACGAUAUACAAGUAUUAGAGAAGUUUGCAGAGUCUCUUCGUCAAUUGAAAGGUUUUACGUGUGAUCUUCCCAGGUUGUUAGACGCCUUACUAGAAUUACGGAACCGAAAUGUUCCGAAUGAUGUUGUUAAGAACACUUUGGCAGCACUUCUGGUAUUGUUUGGAUGUGAUGUUGAUGAAAAUGAGGACUUUGAAGAUAUACAGUUACACUGCAAAGCGUUAGCGGGAAGGCUAAGUACACAAAAAGAUUCAAGUUUCAAAGAAGCUGAUGCCAGGAGAGCCCAAGAAAUCAUGGAGAAAUAUACAUAUGAAGAAAAACAAUGCAGUACUAUGGCAGCAGCUAAAUUACAUCUAUGGAUAAAGGAUGUUUCCAAGAAAGUAUUGAAUGACUUUAAAGAUGACAGCUAAGAGACACGACGAUGCUGCUUCCAUAACCCGGUGGAUAGAUAGACUAUAAUUCCAUAUCAUUAAUUGACGAAUAUUUAGUUUAGCAUUAUACACAAAAUAUUAAAAAAAGUGACAUUUAGUCCUGUAGAAUAUACUUGUUAUCAUAUAGAAUUAUUUUAGUUAAGCGCAGUUUUCGUUUAAAG